AUGAACUACAGCAUUGUAACAGAGUUCAUGAUUCUGGGCUUCACAAGAAAGCCUGGACUCCAAGGAAUUCUCUUCAUUGUCUUUCUCUUCAUCUACCUCAUGGCUUUUCUUGGCAAUAUGCUCAUUGUCAUUGCCAUAAUUUAUAACACCACCUUGCAUACCCCCAUGUAUCUUCUUCUUCUGGCGCUGGCUAUUGUGGACAUCAUCUGCACAACCAGCAUCAUCCCAAAGAUGCUGGGGACCAUGGUAAUGUCAGAUAAGACCAUUUCAUAUGGAGGCUGCAUGUCCCAGCUCUUCUUCUUCACAUGGUCCCUUGGGGCUGAGAUGGUUCUCUUCACCACCAUGGCCUACGACCGCUAUCUGGCCAUCUGUUUCCCUCUUCGCUACAGCACUAUUAUGAACUAUCAUAUGUGUGUUGCCCUGCUCAGCAUUGUCAUGGCUAUUGCAGUAACCAAUUCCUGGGUUCACACAGGUCUCAUCUUGAGGUUGACUUUCUGUGGGCCAAAUACUAUUGACCACUUCUUCUGUGAAAUCCCCCCACUGCUGGCUUUGUCCUGCAGUCCCGUGAGAAUCAACGAGGUGAUGGUGUAUGUUGCUGACAUUACCCUGGCUGUGGGUGACUUCACUCUCACCUGCAUCUCCUAUGGCUUCAUCAUUGCUGCUAUUCUCCGCAUCCGCUCAGCAGAGGGCAAGAAGAAAGCUUUUUCAACAUGCUCAUCCCACCUCAUAGUGGUUUCCCUCUACUAUUCCCCUGUGAUCUACACCUAUAUCCGUCCUGCUUCCAGCUACACAUUUGAAAGGGAUAAGGUAGUAGCUGCACUCUAUACUCUUGUGACCCCCACUUUGAACCCAAUUGUUUAUAGUUUCCGGAACAAGGACAUGCAGACAGGGAUUAGGAAAGUGUUCACAUUUCUGAAACAUUAG